GGAAGUCUCAGUCUUUUGAUUGUGUGUUUCCUGAAAGCAAGACCAAUCAUUUCAGUUUAUUCACUGGCUAAACUCUACUUGAUUGGGGACAAGCACACAAACCAUCCAUUACGAUCUGAUAUAUUAUCCAAACAAUUUAGUGUAUUCAUGAGGUAACCUAAAUGUGGAGGCUGCAAAAUUACCCGUAAUCAAUUGAAACAGCGAGUGCGCGUCCCUCUGUGUGUCUAACAACUACAUGUCUCUGUAAUAAGGCAGACAUUAAAUCAUUUUAGAGUUGUACUGUUGAGUACCUGAUCACUGGGCGCUCUGGGAAGCUGGACAGUCACAUUAGGACGCUGGGACUGAGGAAGCCGCUGCUUUUCCAGUGGGAUAAAACCCGAUCUUCCUUAUUCAAGGUGCUUUUACAGAUCCCCACCGAUCUGACCCUAAGCCGUGCAAUAUCCAACAUAGACUUCGCCUUCUUCUUCUUCUUCUACUCUUCUAUUUUUUUGUUGUUGGUGGUAUUUUUUUUCUGUUUUGUUUUUAUUGCACUACAUGUUUGGGAAACAAGACAAAAUGGACGUUAGAUGCAGUUCAGAGACUGAAGCUAACCGGGUCUCGAAGAACGGACAUAAAGAGGGCAAGGAAAGCAAAGGGGCUGAAGGAAAUAUUUCUACUUCUUUUUUGAAGGAUCAGCAAGGGACUUUUUCUGCCUCUGCAGCUACGGAAGGUUGUAAUAAAAGUAAAUCUAGUUCGGCUGACCCGGACUAUUGCAGGAGGAUCCUAGUUAGAGAUGCCAAAGGUUCAAUCAGAGAGAUUAUUCUGCCCAAAGGGCUUGAUCUGGACCGUCCCAAGCGGACCCGCACCUCCUUCACGGCCGAGCAGCUCUACCGCCUGGAGAUGGAGUUCCAGCGCUGCCAGUACGUCGUGGGGCGGGAGCGCACCGAGCUCGCCCGCCAGCUCAAUCUCUCCGAGACUCAGGUCAAGGUCUGGUUCCAGAACCGGCGCACCAAGCAGAAAAAGGACCAGGGCAAGGACUCCGAGCUGCGGUCGGUGGUGUCCGAGACAGCCGCUACCUGCAGCGUCCUGCGGCUGCUUGAGCAAGGCCGGCUGCUCUCCCCGCCGGGGCUGCCGGGCCUCCUGCCUCCCUGCGCUACCGGAGCGCUGGGCUCGGCGCUACGCGGGCCCGGCCUGGCUGCGGGCAGCGGCAGCGCGGCGGCGGGUCCCGGCGGCGGCGGCUCCCCGCAUCCACCGGCCGCCAGCACCGCUGCCGGGCCCCCUCCGCCGGCAGCGCUGCACGGGGCGGCCGCCGCCGGGCACGGGCUGUUCGGGCUGCCGGUGCCCGCGCUGCUGGGCUCGGUGGCCGGGCGGCUCUCCUCCGCGCCCUUGGCCGUGGCCGGCUCGCUGGCGGGCAACUUGCAGGAACUGUCGGCCCGCUACCUGAGCUCGUCGGCCUUCGAGCCCUACUCCCGGACCAACAAUAAAGAAAGCGCUGAGAAAAAAGCACUGGACUGACUCUAAGUAACUUCCCCGUAUUUAUAUUUAUAAUCUCUAUUUGUGGCGAUAUUUAUGGGGCGGGCGGCGCGGCGGGCCCCUCCAUCCAUCCCUUCUUCCCUCCCUCGCCGCCUCCAAGCCCCGCGGCGCGGUUCCCUCCGCGGGCCGGUGCGGAGAGGAGCAGGGUCCCGGUGCCCGCGGGGAGAGGCGAGGCAGCGACCGGGAGCUGCGGGAACGGGGCAGCCCCCGCCGCUCCCCUGCCCAGCCGGCCCGGCGUCCGUGAGUCCUUUCGGGGAGGGAGGGGGGUGUCUGUUCGUUUGCUUUGCCACCGGUAGGAAAGGGAAGAGGAGGGAGAGCGGACGGGGUGCGGUUUGGCUCUUUCGGGCCCGCUGUAUCCAGUGCCAAGCGAGAGAAAGGGAUUUCGGAGAGAGGAAGACGGAGCUGCCAGGUGAUGCCCGGGUUUGGUUUUUUCCCCCCUCAGUGACUCCGAAGCACAAGGGGUUGGGGGCUUCACCCGUGCCCCCCGUUCCGGCACAUCCACUGCACUGCAGUCCCCGGGAAAGCUCCGUGCCGCUCGCCCGGAACACCGGCCGGGUAAAUGGCCAGCAGCUUCCCUUUUCCACCUUGAACCCCGAACGUGGGAAGGGCCGGAGCGGGCUGCCUUGCAAAUACACGCACGGAGCGGGGAGACAGAAAACAGUGGCUGCAGAGAUUUUGGAUCAAACUGUCUCCCCCUUCGAGAUAACACAAAGCCCCUUUUUUCCCCUUUAUUUUCCUUUA